CCGCCCGCCGGUCCCUCUCGUCUUCGCUUGGCGCGGCGCACUUCCGGCCAGAGUUUUGCUUCCUUGGCAAUGCACCCGGAGGUCUCACCCUGUCCGCCAGAGAGGACGCAGCCUGUACCGGUCCCAGAUGUUAAAUGAAUUCUGUGUCGCCCGCCUCAGUGCAGUACUUGAGUCAUGAUGAGCUGCCCCACUCCGAUGGGCAGCAGCGAUUUGAGUCCAGGGCCAGCAUCCGUGGGGAAAGCAGCUACAGGAGGCCCAUUUCUGCAGCGGGCUCUGCGCAUGGCCCGCACAACGAGCCGGAUGAGGUGGACAAGAUCAAAUGCAAAGUCCUUUCUGUCUGGAACAAAGUGAAAUAUGGUUGGACAGUCAAGAGCAAAACCAAUUUCAGCAAGCUCUCCCCAGUCUACCUUUUUGGCUACAUCUACCACUUUGACCGAGAGGAGGAUGUGGAGCGUUUCCAGAGGGACUUUGCUUCCUGCAUCUGGCUGACUUACCGGAGGGAGUUUCAGCAGCUGGAGGGCACAACGUGGACCACGGACUGCGGCUGGGGCUGCAUGCUGCGCAGCGGGCAGAUGCUUCUGGCCCGGGGCCUCCUUGUCCAUUUCCUUGGUAGAGACUGGACCUGGCCGGAUGUCUUGCUCACCAGUUGCUUGGCAGAGAUGGAGCCCGGGAAAAGCUCCUCCUUGCCGCACCCCAGCACUGCCCACUUGCCUCAGAUGCCCCCCCUCCCAGCCAGUGAGAGCAGGGCCCCCUUGGAGGUCUGGGCCCUUCCACGCCACCGCAGCCCUGACGGAUUGGAGAAGGAGCGCUGUCACCGCAAGAUUCUCUCAUGGUUCGCAGAUAGGCCAGAAGCACCUUUUGGGAUCCAUCGUCUUGUCGAUCUCGGGCGCAGCUCAGGAAAGAAAGCGGGGGACUGGUACGGACCUUCCAUCACAGCCCACAUUGUGAGGAAAGCAGUGGAUUGCUGUUCAGAAGCAGGAAACGUGGUUGUGUACGUGUCUCAGGACUGCACAGUGUACAAGGGGGAUGUGGCCAAGCUGGCCAGCAGGAGCGAAGGGAGGGCCACGUGGGACCCCUGCGCAGAGUGGAAGGCGGUCAUCAUCCUGGUGCCCAUGCGGCUGGGCGGAGAAAGCCUCAACCCUGCCUAUGUGGACUGUGUUAAGGAGCUUCUGAGGCUGACUUUCUGCAUUGGGAUCAUCGGUGGAAAGCCGAGGCAUUCUCUCUAUUUCGUAGGAUAUCAAGAUGACUUUCUCCUGUACUUGGACCCUCACUAUUGCCAGCCCUUUGUGGACACCACCCAGGAGAACUUCCCUGUGGAGUCCUUCCACUGCAGCUUCCCUCGGAAAACAGCAUUCAGCAAGAUGGAUCCCAGCUGCACGAUUGGCUUCUAUGUCCGCCACAGUGGAGAGUUUGAGCAACUCUGCUUGAAGCUGACUCAGGUCCUGAACUCUGCGGCCAUUAAAGAGAAGUACCCCAUGUUCUCAGUGGUGGAGGGCUGUUCCCAGGCGUACGGCCUGGAUGAACAUUCCUCCCAGCAGACGUUGCAAACCCAACGAUGCGCCAAGCGGGACAGGGUGAAAAAGCCCACCGUGGAGGAAUUUGUCAUCUUAUGAUUGCCAGACAGGCAGUCCUUACAUCGCGGACUUAUUUAUUAUUAUUUAUAUAGCGCGUUUGGGCCGGCUCCGUCCCUUUGCAGCUGAGAAGGGGACUCCCGAGUCAUCCCCAUAGGGGACUCUGCUGCUUUAACCUCCUCAUGCUGCAAGCGAGAGGGUCUUCGUGACCAAAGAUGGGCCACUGCUAGGGAAGAAAAGGUCAGUCACACUGGAGUCCGUCCAUAGCACUGAAAUUGGCUGUCUGCAUCAAGAGCGCAGACACGUUAGAACUGGGAAGCUGAAGACUACUGAGGAGUAAAGUGAAGGUGAGAUGGUUAUAAGUUGGGUUUAUUUAAAAAAAAAAGAAGUUUGUCAACUUUGCUGACAUUCUGGUCCUGAACUUGGGAUCAAGCCAACCCUUUGGUUUGCGGCUCUUCUCUCCACGUUAAAAUUUCUUCGCCCUCCUUCUCAUUCUGUCACUUCUCCUCAUCAGUCCUGGAUUUGCUUUCCUAGGCUGCCUCACGAGGGGAGAGGAAGCAUUUGUCCUCUUCACACAGCAGGGGUGAAUCCGUAGCCACGUCACUGAAGGAAGAAGAGAUCGCUGUGGGGAAUGCUUUGGGUGGCCUCCCCGGGAUUAAGGUAGACCUCUCCCCUUGCCCCACCUUCCUUUUAUUCAAAUCCUCUCACAAUCUUGGGCACACUAUGGUAAUCCCUGUAUACACAACCCCUCAACGUGCUGACACAGAGAGAGAAAGAGAGGGCAUGAGCACAUUGUCUCCGCCCCCUGUCUCCACCCGGGCAAUGUGGACACCUGCGUCUGCUCUGUCCCCAUGUUGGAUAUGUCGCUUUCUGAAUCCUGCCGAGUAUGGGGAGGAACUGUACAUGAGGUCACUCCCUCCAAGUGGAAACGGCGGAUUCACAAGCUGGUGGUCGGGGCAUAUGCUCAUGCCCCAUUUGUCCUUUUCGUAUGUUCAGUCAAUGUGUGGAGGGAGGAUUCAUGUCCAAAGGGCUAGUGACAUCUUGGAACUUGAAGAAGCAGACGUAACUUGAGUGCCGUCAUCUGCCAUGUCAGCUCAUACUUUGCAUAACUCAUUCGUUCCAAUCGCCCGUGGGCUCGAUGUGUGGAUUUACUCUGUUGACAAUUCAGAAACUUCUCUACCAUUUCCUUCGGAGACAGCACCUCUUUCUGGAUGUGUUUUGGUCAAUAAAUGAUCAUUUGGGUGCA